AUGGGAUCCACGGAAAAGCAGUCGCGGAACGAAGGUCCCAGCGACGAUGGGCAGCCCGGCAGGACGGCUACGGUGGACAUGGACACGGACAUGGACAUGGACGACUUGGUCAGCUCGAGCCGGGGUGUCGACGAGCGCAGGUUGGUCCGCAAGCUGGACCUGCACCUGAUUCCGUUGAUAAUGGGCAUCUAUCUCUUUAGUUUUGUGGACAGGCACGUCUUGCUCAGUGUCCCCUUUGCCCCCUUUGCCCCCUUUGCCGUUCCCCUCUGCCAUGGCCCAGUCAACCUCGGCAACGCUCGCCUCUACGGGCUCGAGCAGGACGUCGGGCUCAGCGCAUCCCAGUUCCAGGUGGCCAUCUCCAUCUUCUUCGUGACGUACAUGCUGUUCGAGGUGCCGUCGAACCUGGUCCUCAAGCGCCUGACGCCCCGGCGCUGGAUCGCCUUCAUCACCGUGUCGUGGGGCCUCGUCGCCACGCUCACGGGCCUCGUCAGCUCGUACGGCAGCCUCCUCGCGUGCCGGCUGCUCCUCGGUGCCGUGGAGGCGGGCCUCUUCCCGGGGCUCAACGUCUACCUGACCUUCUUCUACACCAGGAACGAGCUCGCCCUGCGUGUGGGCUACCUGUUCGUCAGCGCCGCCGUGGCCGGUGCGCUGGGCGGCCUGCUCGCCUACGGCAUCGGGCACAUGGACGGCGUGCAGGGCCUCGCCGGCUGGCGGUGGAUCCUGAUUAUCGAGGGCAUCCCCAGCGUUGCCCUCGGCGUGGUGACGUACUUUGCGCUGCCCAACGAUGCCGAGACGGCGUGGUUCCUGGGCCGCGCCGAGAGGGCGCUCAUGGAGCUCAGGCGGCGCCGGGAGUACGGCGGCGUCGACGCCGGCGGCGGCAUUGAGAAGAGGGACGUGCUGAGGGCGGUCACGGACCCGAAGGCUUGGGGCUUUUACGUUGCGCAGUUUGGGGUUGAUACUAUGCUCUACGGCUUUUCUACCUUCUUGCCGACAAUCAUCCAGGCGCUCGGGACAUGGACGACGGCACAGGUCCAGCUCCUUACUAUACCGUGCUACUUUCUCGGCGCGGCGGUCUACAUGGGCACGGCCUUCUUGUCGGACCGCGUGCAGAUGAGGGGCCUGUUUUGCGUCGUCUUCGGCUCCGUCAGUGUCGUCGGAUACGGCAUCUUGCUGGCGGAUGUGCCGACGAGUGUGCGCUAUUUUGCGUGUUUCCUGGUAGCGGCCGGCUUGUAUGUCGUUGUUGGGCUGCCGUUGGCGUGGUUGCCAAACAACUCCCCACGGUACGGUAAGAGGGCAACUUCAACGGCUCUGCAACUUACUUUUGGCAAUACAGCCGGCGUCAUGUCUGCUUUCAUCUACCCAAAGUCGGAUGCUCCGAGGUAUACUCGCGGCCACGCCGUCUGCCUCAGCAUGGUGGCCAUGGGGACGGCCAUGUACGGCUUUCUGUGGUACUGGUACUGGCGGCAGAACAGGAGGCGCAAGGCUGGCGUGAUGGACGACAAGUAUAGGGACAAGGGGGAGGCGGAGCUGAUGGCGCUGGGUGACGAUAGCCCGCGGUUUCGGUAUACCAUAUGA